CUUAUGGUCACCGGCUUGCGCCGCCAAUACCACGAUCGGGGCGCAUCAUGCCGCCGAUUACAGCUCCCACCACUUCCUCGCAGAAGCUGGCUUCUCCGGGGUUCAAUGCUGGCGCCAGACCAUAUCGGUCACACAAGGUUAGGGCUUGCGACUUGUGCAGGAAGCGCAAAUCCCGCUGUACAGUCGAUAUCCCCGGUCAAUCAUGCCUUUUGUGCCGGGUCCAAGGAGCAGAUUGUCAUUACCAAGAGGAGGCCAACAAUGAUCCCCCGCUCACCAACGGCCAUGAACCUAAACCAUGGGUGGCAGACCACGCGCGUGUCUCGUCUUUAGGUCAGAAGCGCAAACACUCCCCGGAUACAGAUUCUCCGUCGCAUAGCAGCCGGCGACGAGCUUCCAGCGUGGCCCAUUCGGACUCGGCCUUGGACCGUCGGAGAAGUGAUUCCAGGAGCCAAGGAGUCGAGGAUCCCCAUAACGAGUCGGUUCUGAUCGUUGGUCCUGUGGUGGCCGAGGAUGCCCAGGUUAUUGAGAGGUAUAUGCCUCCGGAGCGGACCAGCAGAUCCGUGGAGCCGAAAAGUCAGCCAUACAACGUCUACUCGAGUGACCCGCGGAAGCCCAUUCUUUACACGACAGUAUCGCGCCGGAGGCAGGGUAUGCGUGUUGGUGUCCCUCCUGGAGAGAAUCAGAAAGAGAUCCUUGAGCAGAUUCUCGGGCCUUUCAAGCGCGACCUAGUCAGACUGUUCAUUGACAGGUUCAACGCGGCAUUUCCGAUCUUUGAUGGAGAAACUUUCUGGGAGGCGUUCCUCUCCGAGUCGCCAGGCGACCCGCCCGCGUCGCUUUUAUGCCAGGUCUACUCGAUGUCGCUCGUCUACUGGAAGCACACGCCCAAGUUGGCUUGUCACCCGAAACCAGAUCCCCGAUACGCAGUCAACAUGACUGUCGCGGCGCUGCACGAGGAGUUUUCAGCGCCCGGUCUUUCCACAGUCAGCGCGGCUCUCAUCGAUCUGACAGGCCGGCCGAUUUUCUCGAUGACCGGAAAUGCCAUCAGCUGCGGGCGAAUGAUCUCCCUUGCGCAUUGUCUUGGCUUAAAUCGCGAUCCCAGUCACUGGAAAUUAUCGCGCCCCGAGAAGAACCAUCGAAUGCGGCUCUGGUGGGGCGUCGUGAUCCAUGACCGCUGGGGGAGCUUCGGUCACGGCGUGCCUCCUCAGAUCGCCAAAAACCAAUAUGACGUCCCUCUCCCCACGAUCGACGUCCUAAUUCCCCAGACUUCUCGCACCCCGGAGCGCGUACGGGCUGCUCACUGCCACAUUGCUCUGUGCCGACUCACCGAGAUCCUGGGCGACCUGUUGCCCCUCGUCUACGGCCUCCAACAUCGAGCCCACCGCGAAACCACCAAGAAAGUGCGACAAAUCCGCACCGAUCUCGACGUCUGGGAGGAUUCGCUUCCUGACUGGCUACGCAACCCAAUCAGCACAAACCCCUCGGAGGAUCGCAUCUCGGGGACCAGCAGUCUGCAGCUUGGCUUCCUAGCCGUGAAGAUGCUCGUAAGCCGCGUCGAGCUGAACGAAGUCAACAACGCCGAAGCCGACAAUCCGGAAGCCCGCCGCUACUUCCAAACCGAAUGUCGACGAUCUGCCGAAGAAAUCGUACAAUUCAUCUCCUCCCUCCGAAAGCAAAACUUUCAAGAAUUUUGGCUUCCAUACAGCGCCUUCCACCUCACCACCACCGCGACGCUCCUCGUCCGAUGUGCCCUCGAAACCACCGACCCAGAAGUCGCCCGAUCAUGCCUCACCAACGUCGAGACCUUCCGUUCGAUACUACGUCGCGUCCGCGAAGAAGAAGACUGGGACGUCGCCGACAUGUGUCUCGACCACUGCGAACGCCUCCUCAACCGCCUCAACAGCACCACCGGCGCCAACAACAACAACAAUAGCUCCGAGCACCCGCCCACCUUCACCAACCUCGGCCACCAACCAGACAGUCUCGUCAACCCGGCCGCUAUCUCCCUCCCCGAAACCCAAACCAACAACGACAUCGUCGACGAUAUGAUGAGUAUCUCCGGUACCUUUGGCACCAUGGAUGGAUUUCCUUUCGAUAUGACAGGCAUUUGGGAUGUCUCUGUCUUUCAGGAUGUUAAUUUGACGUAGACGUAAUUUAUGGCGGCAGAGGGAAAAAGGUAAGAAGAACCCCUCCUCCUCCUCCCCUGAAGUGGGAGAGCUGGGAGGGAAGAGAAAAUAUCCUUCUACUUCAACUACUAGAGGAUUUAUCUUAUUAUCUUAGUUGAUUGUAUUCAACAACAGUGCAGUGCAUGGAAUGAAGAUAGGAGAGGGGAGGGGACGAGAGGAGGGGAGUUCAUUACUUAUACCCAGUUUUUCGUUUUAGGUUUUGUAUCUUGAUUGACUGAUGGACUGAUUGUAUAUAGUGAUCAGUCUCGAAUUAUACUUUUUUUGUUGACUUUGAUUGUUUUGGUUUCGUGAUGACAUAUUUGAUUACUUGAUUGGAUGAGUAGUAGGAUGAAGGAGAAUGUCUAGUGGGGUAGAUGGAUGGACGCGGA